AUGCCCGCUCCCGAAGUCUCGAGUCUACAGUACGACAACAACGUCAAGACCCUCGGCCAUGUCAACCUUAUGGUCGACACAUUUAUUGCCAAUGCGACAUUAGAAGACCUGCGCGCCAUCACACGCACACUCCUCGCCACUGGUUCACCAAGCCUCGCAUCGGCAUUUACCGCCGCGGCGCGCGCCCGCUUGCGUCAGACUGGAGCCCGUCGGCUCGCUAGCUCCAACAGCCUGUUCGCUCCUGGUGCCGACGGAUUCGACCCUGUGCCUACGUCAGAGCUGCACAGCGUCCUCGCACGCGCGAGAUCGCUAUACGGGGCUGGCAUGGGCUUUGCUAGUCUCGGCGUGCUCUAUUCCGUCGUCUCGGCUACGGUAGGCCUCCGCUGGGAGACGGACGGCGAUAUGGCCGACGCACUGGCGGUCGUCGAUGCGGAUAUCACACAGGCUAUUCAGAGCUGCAAAGAAGAGCUGGAGGGCAACCGGGUGAGCGAUAUGGGAGCCGCGCGGGAGGUUGUUGGCCAAAUGCGGUCGGCGGUGGAGGAGAGUACUCGGGAUGUGCAGGGGUGGGGUGGGGAGUUCCCAUUCGAUCGGGCUGCAUGCAGCAUAGAAUACUGGAAAUUCUGAUGAGCCCAGCGCAGCAUACCGUAGCACUAUACCAAUAUGAAUUGUU